GGGCAUUUAAUGUCAACAAACCGAAAAUAAUGUAAAAAAUACAUCUUUUGUGAAAAAUAAUACAUAAAAAAGCGAAAAUAUAUUUUGUUAAAUUAAAAUAUCUCUUUUAUUGCAAUGGAAACAACUUUAUCGGAUGAAUUCUUGAAUGUUAUCGGUAAAUCGAAGGGUAGCCAAUUUUUCGACGAUGUUAUUGGUCACAUAGAAGACAUUGUACUUGGAGAAGAAUUCCAGGCGCUACAUAAUAAUUUUCUGGAGAAAUAUUGGCAUUGCAUUGAAAAUACUGAGGAAAACAAACUAGUAUAUAUGGAUAUAUUUCAUGAGUAUACUAAUACUUUUGAGACCUUCCUAAUUAAAGAACUAUGUGUUCGUAUGCCUGAUUUUAAUAUGAGCCAAUUUGCGGAGGAGCUAGAGAAAAAUGAGGCGUUCGAUGACGUUUUAAGUAGCGGAGAAAUCAUUGAGCUUUUACAUUCAUUCAACAGCUUUGAGACUUUUAAGGAACUUAUGCUAGAUUACCGCAGCGCAAAAGAAGGUCAUAUGGAGCAUCUAGAUUCAAAUAUCCUCAUCACCACUUCGUAUUCGACGACAAACCCAACGAUACCCACUAUUAAAACCGAAGAUGAAUGUGAUAUAUAAAUUAAUUCGUAUUAAUACUGAGCAGUCUACUAUAAUAUAUACAUUUAUUUUCAGAAUUCGACUUAGCAUUAAUAAAUAAAAUUAUGUGUGUAUUUAUAAAAAUCUUUAAAGUCUC